AUUGCACUUCUGUUUCUGCUCAAAAGCUCCUGACCGAGGGCUCAAAGGCCCCUUGUUCUGACCUCCUGACACGGCAGCGCCCCAGGGCCUGGCGUUUGGGUGGACCUUUUAUUCCCCAGGGAAGGAGGGGCAGUUUGCGAGGAGCCGCCGGGGCAGGGGAAGGCACGCCACCCGGCCGGAGCAGUCUCUGAGUCUGUGGGGGUUCUGACGGAGCACCCGGAGCCGGGCUGCUCCUGAAAAUAGUUACAGUUGCUUUUGUUUUUGGAACUUUUGCAAGAAAAAGAAAUUUGUGGUGCCUGGAGAGCCUGGUUUCGGAAUGCAAGCACAGGGCCUCUGAGUCAGACUUGGGCGGGACGUCAUUUUCUCAUUAAGGAACAGAAUAUGGUUUCUUGAUCUGUUUCUGCUGUCUUGAUGUUUAGCUGGAUUCCUGGGUGGUUGGUCAGCCUGGGUACAUCUCCAGAGAGCAGGGGGCCCGGCCUUGGCACCACCCGGCAAAUCUGUGUGCCAGGGGAGGGGCUUUGGCUGCCAGGCCAGGUCGAUUUUCAAGGCAGAACUGUGUGUAAAAACGCCCAGUGACAGAUAACUAUUAAAAAUUAAAAUUCCUGUUCUUGGGGGAAAAGGCACACACAGAAGUGUCAUUGUGAGUGAUAUGAUUUACUUCUAAUCUCUUACAGUACGAGCUAGAAAGCUGAGUUUCCUUUCCAGAAAAUUCUCAUUUAUUUUCAAAAAGUUGCAUUUUAUUACUGCUGAAGGAUUUUAAUUUCCAAAUGAGUAUGCUUUUUUUUUUUUUUAAAAAAACAGGAGUUUUGGAAAUCCCAGAGACAGAAGUAGAAAAAGUCACAGUGUAUGAUGGCAAUUCUCAAGUUCAAGGAGGGGUGAGGGGAGCCAUGCUGUGAUGGCAGACUUCUUUUAGCCCAUCUGUAAACUGACAUUUAAGUAGAAGUCGGCAGUUUCUCUGCACCAAGUUAAAGACUGUUGUGCUGGCUAAGGGGAGGCUUAUGUGUAAGCCUUUAUAGAAGUAUAUAGAUACUCACUACCAACCAAAGAAAGGCAGGGAGGAGAGCUGUGACGCGUCGGGUUUUAUGGCUAGGGGAGCCGAGCUGUACUUUGAGGACCAGCCAUCACAGCCGGUCUGGACGGUUGACCAGCGGCAUGAGCGUGCGUAUGGAGGGCAGGCUGUGGGGUGUGGGGGUACGUCACAGAAUGAUGUAAAACCAUCAGACUAGUCAUUAUUGCCUAAAUCUGAAACCUGCAGCUAGAAGAGUCCUGCUGGGGAAACAAUCGCGGCCAACACUGGGUCUGUUUUGGAAAUGUUCUGAUCCGGACGGUUAACACAGGGAGCCGUUUUAUUAAAGGGCUCUCGCUCCAUGUUUGGAGAGAAUCGCACACCCUUUUAUUAGGAACGUGAAGCAAAGCCUUUGAGCUGCAGCGUCUUGGCAGACUGACCAGCGGCGCCAUGUCCAGAGCCGGCCGGCAGCUGGCCCUUCUCCUGUGCGGCUGCUGCGUGGCUGUGGCCGUCCCGGGGGGCCUGGCCAAGGAGGGCUGUCCAGCUGAGCCCCGCCAGGCCUCCCACUAUGUGGCCGCCGUGUACGAGCACCGAUCCUUCCUGAGUCCUGACCCACUGGCCCUCACCAGCCGCGAGCAGGCCUUGGAGCUCAUGCAUCGGAACCUCGACGUCUACGAGCAGCAAGUGACAACCGCGGCCCGAAAGGGUGCACAGAUCAUAGUGUUUCCAGAAGACGGCAUCCACGGAUUCAACUUUACAAGGACAUCCAUUUACCCGUUCUUGGACUUCAUGCCAUCUCCCCACUCAGUCAGGUGGAACCCGUGCCUGGAGCCCCACCGCUUCAAUGACACGGAGGUCCUCCAGCGCCUGAGUUGCAUGGCUGUGAAGGGACAGAUGUUCCUGGUGGCCAAUCUUGGGACAAAGCAGCCUUGUCAUAGCAGUGACCCAGGGUGCCCGAGUGACGGGAGAUACCAGUUUAACACGAACGCUGUGUUCAGCAGUGAUGGAACCCUGGUUGACCGCUACCGCAAACAUAACCUCUAUUUUGAGGCAGCGUUCGACACCCCUCUGGAGGUGGACCACACAGUCUUCGACACCCCCUUCGCUGGCAAGUUCGGCGUCUUCACUUGCUUUGACAUAUUGUUCUUUGACCCUGCUGUCAGGCUCCUCCGAGACUCUGAGGUGAAGCACGUUGUGUAUCCGACUGCCUGGAUGAACCAGCUCCCACUCUUGGCAGCCAUUCAGAUUCAGAGAGGUUUCGCCAUCGCCUUUGGCAUCAACUUUCUGGCUGCGAACACCCACCACCCAUCUCUGGGGAUGACGGGAAGUGGCAUACACAGCCCUCUGAAGUCCUCUUGGCACCACGACAUGGAAAGCCCUGAAGGUCACCUCAUAGUUGCUGAGGUAGCCAAAAACCCACCGGGUCUCGUCAGUACAGGGAAUGCCACAGGGAAAACGGACCCAUUCCACAGGAAGUUUUUAGAACUCUUGGCAGGGGAUCCCUACUCAGAGAAGGAUGCCCAGGACGUCCGUUGUGAUGCGGCCCCCAAAUCAACCACGAAUGCCUCUCCCACGUUUAACUCUGAGAUGAUGUAUGACAAUUUCACCCUGGUUCCCGUGUGGGGAAGGGACGGCCACGUCCACGUCUGUGCAAACGGCCUCUGCUGUCAUCUGCUUUACCAGAGGCCCACCGUGUCCCAGGAGCUGUAUGCCCUGGGGGUCUUCGAUGGUCUUCACACCGUGCAUGGCACCUACUAUGUCCAAGUCUGUGCCCUGGUCAAGUGUGGGGGUCUUGGCUUUGACACGUGUGGGCAGGAGAUCACAGAGGCCACGGGGAUGUUCGAGUUUCACCUGUGGGGGAACUUCAGUACUUCUUAUAUCUUUCCAAUGCUUCUGACCUCAGGGAUGACGCUGGAAACCCCUGACCAGCUGGGCUGGGAGAGUGAUCAUUAUUUCCUGAAGAAGAGGGGACUGUCCUCUGGGCUGGUGACGGCAGCUCUCUACGGGCGAUUGUAUGAAAAGGACUAGGGGUGUGGGAAACGCCCCCCCACAUACACACACGGGCACAGGCUGAAGCUCACGGCAGUAGGACCUCCUCUUUGCCCCAGAGCCCAUCUGGGAGGCAGGAAGGAGGUAGGGAGACAGGCUGCGCCAGGGUCUUUCCUUCUUAGGUGGAAAUUAGUGAGGUAUUUUCUGGUAUUUUAUACUCUCGUUUCUGUUUUUCAAGCCAUUUCUUCCCCCAGCAGAUCUUUCAUCACACAAUUGUUUUAAGAGCUCAAACAAAAAUAAACGUCAGCUUAUAUUUCA